CAACAAUGUUAUCUCGUUGAUUUGUUAUAUUAUGGGAUAAGUUUCAUAAACAUAUAUUUAUGUGUAUCGUUACAGAAAACUAGGCAUGAACUGCAAUCGAAAUUCGAUAAAAAUGAAAUAGAUCAUAGAAAGCGUUCAGUGGCAAACUGCAGAUUCAUAUGUGAACUUCUAAAUUUGAACAUCUCGGUACCACCGAUACUAGAAAUGUGUUUAGCGAAACUAAUAGAGAGUAAAAAAGAAUUACCUUUAGAAUGCGUAUGUAUCAUAUUGCAACACGUUGGGAGUACGAUAAAUCAUAGUGGCGUGUUGGAGAAGCUGUGGGAAUACUCAAAUACGCACAAGACAAAAUUUUCACCGGGCUUACGGUCAAUGAUCCUAGGCACGCUGAAGAUGAUGAACCCCGACAUUCCACAACCUCCCGUAGAUGAGUCACCGUCGACGGACGAGACAAAAAUUAAUACCCAAACCGAAAAAGAAUCGGACAUGAGAAAUAAACCAUUGACAGAAGAUGGAACAUUACAAGUUUACAGUACCGUUGAAACGAUAAUUAACUCCAUAACUGCGAACAAUAAGAACACCAAAAUAAAUGAGUUGUCUGUACAUCUAAAGAAUGUGGAUGUGAUGGAAAGAACAGUCGACUUUCUGUUCGAACGGGCAACAAAGUAUCCCGAAACUAUUCCAGAAUUGGUAAGCGUGUGCUCUUCGUUGCGGGAUGUUUCAACAAGUGGUGCGGUAGAAGGGAGAAACAUUAAGCCUACUUCGUUGAAGAAACAGAUCGCGAUCCGGUGUAACAAGCUAUUGCUGUCUGGGGUUCAGAAGAGUACAAGUGAAAACGAUUUCACGCCCGUACAAUCGUACACAUUCAUCGGCGAAUUAUUCAACGAAAACUUAUUAUCAGCCCAUAUUCUAGAAGAAUUUUUAAAAAUUGUACCGGAAAAACUGUCGAACAACACAUUGGAAAAUAUUUGUGGCCUGCUAAAAGUGGCCGGGAAAAAAAUAGAACAAGGGUACAGUUUGAAAAAAAUACUCAGGAGACUGAAGGAUAGGAUUUCGAAUGACGCAGAUGGAAUAUUUUCCCGACGUAGCGUUGUGCUUCUGAAAGCACUUGCAGAACUAUGGGACAAAAAAUGGGUCUCGUAGUACAAUAGUGUCAAAGAAAAUACCUUUUAUUUCCAUUGGCUUAUCACAUAUGAGGAAAUAUUACAUAUCCUUACAUAAAUAAUUUUAAAAUCCACAUAUCCUCAAACGAAAUAAGAACAUUCAUUUAUUUAAAAAUAAUAGCUGU